GAGUGUCUGCAAAACAAGUCAUGAAUUCCAUGGUGUUGAGUGAGAAGCAAACAAAAUUUUUGAUUCAAUUUAUUAACAAUGAGCCUUUAUUGUGGAGAAAACCAGAUGUGUCUUCCGGGAGAACAAUUGAGCAGGAGGAGAAGUGGCAGAAUUUGGCGACGCAGCUGAAAUUAAGCGUUUUGCGAGUCAAGAGCGAGUGGAUGGCAUUAAAGAGGUCCUACUAUAAUAGGAGGUCGAAAGAAAGUCUUAAGAGAUACGUCACACGAGGACGAUAUGCAUCGAAAUAUUUUGUAUUCCAUGAUCGCCUGUCGUUCCUCGAUGAAAAUUUGAAAGAGUUUAAGUUAAGACCAAGCGUCUGUUUUGGGAAGCAAAACCAGCUAAACAGAGCCGCCGAAGGGCUUUCAACGGUUACUGAAGACUCCACCUCUCCUGACCACCGAGGAGCUUCCUCGGGACCGUCUUCUGCACCACAGCAAACUAUAAAAUUGGGCAAGAGUUCAGCAGACCCAAUUGUGACCGUGCGUCCAAAGGAUUCACAGAAGUCUCUAGCAAACACAAGUCUUGGGAGACUUGAAAGUACUCAAAAUUCUUCCAGAGCUUCUCUGAGGAGUCUUGAUACCACUUCUAAUGCAACAACAAGUGUAGGAAGUCAACGUGUGGCACAAAGUGGUACACCAAGGAGAAAUCGUCUCGAAAAUCGAAGGCAUAUUAGGAAGAUUUUCGAAAAACUCGAUAACGUCCUGGAUUUUACACAGCGCACACAAGAAGCUCUUCUACGUGAUGUCAGAGAUUUGGAGGAGAACGACGGGGAAUCUCCCAGAGACUCAAGUGUAAAGCAAGCGUUCCUCGAGUAUAUACGAGUUUUCAUAAAAUCUGUGCCGGAUGAUAAGUUUUUCGAAUUCCAAGACAAAAUCAUGAGUGUUUGCAGAGAAACAAUGCAGGAAGAACAGACUGACCAAUAAUAAAAGUUGCUGAAUCUUCACGUGAAAGAAAGAAAAAACUGAUAUAAUUCAUAUUCAUAAUACCUCCGUUGUAUGAAGGCAAACCCCUUUAUUGGUAGUUUAAUGAUUAUUACAUUAGUGAUUCUAGUUAAAUAAGGAUGCACAUGGUUUUUACAAUUCUCUCUUUCCCCUUUUGCAGUGCAAAUGCAUGGUAAAAGCCGCAAAAGAAGAGCAUAAAAAGUCACUAAAAUUUCCACUUAGAGAUCAAAUCCGGACGCUCGCGAUC